AUGGCGCCGCCGCCGGACGACAAGAAACCUGAAAAGUCGUAUCUUUCGUCUGCUGUUGACUCCAUUAAUCCCUGGAGCGGGAACAGAAGCGCUACACCGACUCCCAAAGACCCUCAACCGGACCCGACACCGGUCAACCCUGGCGAUCAUAGCACGACCAGCACCUACGGUCGAAGCUUCAAGCGAUAUCCUCCAGACUGCCCGCCUCUUGCUGUGCAGUGGUUUCAUGCCGUAGAUGUACCGAAACGCAAGCCGGAAUGGGUGAAGAGUAAGAACCCGAAAGAAACGAAGCUGCCCCCUCCGCCCAAAAAGUACGUAGCAUUUUCGAAACAAGACAACCGCGCCCUCGAAGCAGCCUACCAGAAAGUCGUUGAGGCUUCUGAGAACGAGCGCGAUACGGGGUUGACACGAAGAUACGUCUCCGGGUCCCAGCAUGCACAUGCCCUGGGCUCUCAGGACCUUCCCAACACUACCACGGGUGCUGCGGAAGCGGCAAAACAAAAAGAACCCGGUGUCAAGGUUCCCGUCAACGAGGAUUUCUUGUUCGAUGUGGACAUAGAAGAGCGGGAACUGGCGCCAGCCUAUUGGCUGGGACCUACCUACGACGUUCGUCGUGGCAGUUGGUUCUACCAAGAGGGUUCCAGCCUCCGACCCUGCGAGGAAAAUCUGGCUUCGCAGCUAGAGGAGGGAUAUCUCAAGGUCAAGCCAUGGCUGUAUCCAGCUAAGGCAGGAACCGAGGCAAAGGCGAGCGACGUGACACCAAAAGCUUCGGUAGAGAACCUUAAAGCAGCUUCAGGCGCGAGCGACAGCGCUUCAAAGCCCGGAGCUUUCACGCCGCAGCAUCAACCUCAGACACACCGGCUAUUCGGGACUUAUAUGAACAGUAUCGCCACCUAUCAAGAUGUUAAUACCGCAUGGUUGUCCUCUGAGGGCGUUUUAUCCUGGGUCACGUCCACCAUGUACGAACGAUUCGCUGGAGGAGCUUACAUGAGCGGCGUGAAAUUGGUGAGAGGCUACUCUGAGCCUAAGAAAGCAAAAGAAGAAAAGAGCAAGGACGAGAAGAGGCCAACUACGCCAGCCGGUACCAGAUUUUCGGGUGAGCUCGAGGAGAAAGAGCAAAGGGCGCUGAAGAGGCGUUCCGCUCCACCAAGUUCUCGAUCGGAUCCUGAUUCCGACAAGGAGGAGCGGGAAUCUACCGACAUUGAAAGCAGGGGAAGCCGUCUCCAGCGCCAACUGUCGUCGCUUAUCGAGAAUGCCGAAAACAGGGAUCCGGAGCAAGAGGAAGAAGAGAUCCGUAAACGUGAAGAGAAGGAGAUUCAAGAUGAUUACAAUGCCCAGACAGGUGAGUCGCAGGGUCGCGAUAUCGAACACUUGAUUCUGGUCACCCACGGUAUCGGACAACUACUCGGUCUAAGGAUGGAGAGCGUCAACUUUAUCCAUGAUGUCAAUGUCUUGCGAAAGACUCUCAAGUCGGUAUAUUCUACCUCGGCCGACUUGCGAGCCUUGAACUCCGAACUGGGCGAUGGGCCAGGCAAUUGCCGCAUUCAGGUCUUGCCUGUUUGCUGGCGUCACCUGCUCGAUUUCCCCAAGCGCAAGGGCGAGAAAAGGCGCGAGCAAGAUCUUGGUGAGACCUUUGAAGAGGAAGAUGAGUACCCUUCCUUGGAGGAUAUCACCGUCGAGGGGGUAGCUUUUGCUCGUUCCCUCAUCUCAGAUCUAGCGCUUGACGUACUAUUGUAUCAAAGUGCUUACCGGGAACAAAUUUCCGAAAUUGUCUUCCGCGAAUCGAACCGGAUAUACAAAUUGUUCAUGGAUCGAAACCCUGGCUUCAAUGGCAAAGUCCAUGUCAUGGGUCACUCUCUCGGGUCAGCGAUCAUGUUUGACAUACUUUGCCGACAGAAGGAGUCAGCUCAGGUCCACGACACGACGAUGAACCCGCUUAGGUUCUGGCCUGCGUCCGAGAAGCGUGAGCUGCGUGACCCAAGGGAUCUCACCUUCGACUUCGAGGUCGAGGAUUUCUACUGCCUGGGAUCUCCCAUAGGACUGUUCCAGAUGCUCAAAGGCCGUACCAUCUCCGCGCGACACCUUCCGAACGCGUUCCCUACAGAAAGCCCCCUAAACCCAGAUGAGCUUGACGACCCUUUCGCCACCGCCGUUCCUCUCCCAGGCCAUGCUGGAACUGACCAACGCAUAUCACCCAUCACUGGCUUGCCCGUGACCAUCUCGUCGCCCAAAGUCUCACAGCUCUACAAUGUCUUCCAUCCGUCAGACCCCAUUAGCUACCGCCUCGAGCCUCUCAUCUCAUCAGCCAUGUCUAGUCUCAAGCCCCAAGUGCUGCCCUACACCAAGAAGGGCAUAUUUGGCAACGUCUCCACCCCGCAGAACAUCGUGUCUGGGCUCGGCGCCAAGGUCGGCCAGAGCGUGAGCGGCCUGUGGUCCAGCCUCAGCGCCGGCAUCGCCAACAACCUGCUGAACCGGAGCCUGGGCCUGACGCAGGAGGAGGUCGCCAACUUCAACGCCCAGCACCCGCCCCACGCCGCGUCGCCGGGCGCGGGCACAAACGUCGCCGCGGGUGUCAUCUCGGACGCCUCGGCGUUGGGCGAGAAGACGGCCGCGCGCAAGAGGCAGCUCGCCAUGAUGGGCGGCGAUGGCGACGGCGCCGCGGGCCGCAAGAGCAUCAGCGGCAACGACGUCACGCUCAUCGACGACGAGCUCGAGACGCUGUACUCGCGGUUCCAGAAGGACCGGGUCGAGACGCUGGAGAAGGGCGGCGCCGAUGGCAAGGGCGGCGGUGGCGACGACGGCGCGAAUGCCAAGGCCAAGGCCGCCGCGGGUGUGGCUGUCAGCAACUGGAUGGAGGAGGAGCGCAAGGCGCAGCGGCUGCGGAGGGAGGAGAUGAAGGUGCGGGCGCUAAAUCGGAACGGCCGUGUGGAUUACAGCAUCCAAGAGAGCGUUCUCGAUUUCAACCCGAUCAACACCAUCGCUUCGCAUAUGGCCUACUGGUCUGACGAGGAUGUGAGUCACUUUAUCAUGUCACAGCUGCUGUCGAAUAAGGACCGCUCGACGUCACCGUCAAAGGCAGGAACCCCAGGCAUGGGACGCGCUGGGCAUAUCGUAGAGUGGGAUCAUCUGGAGUGA